ACCUGAACGCCUUUGGUGUACUUUGUCUCUAGGCCGAGCAUCUGUCAGCGUCCGGUGGUGACAGCAGUGUGACAGAGCAGCGGCGCCUUCAUUCAGCUCCCGUGAGUGGGUGCAGCAAGAUGGCGGCGCUGGGGCUCGUCCUUCAUGUGGGGCUCCUGGCCUGGUGUGUGUUCGGGGUCUGGCAGAAUGUGCUCAUCACCAGCUUGUCGCAGGGACACGGGGCCCACACGUACGGGGGCAGGUGGAAGUAUCUGACCUUCCUUAACCAGGUUCUUCAGGCAGUGUUCUUUGGCGUCUGUGUGACAUGCGACCUUGUCCAGCUGUGCUUCUCCGUUAGGAAUCCAUUAUGCGCCUUCCUAACUCGGUUAAAAGACACUGCCUUCGCUACGCUGGUGUUCCCAGUCAGUGUGUUUGUAGUCACUUCAUUCUGGAGUCUUUAUGUGUAUGAUCGGGAGCUUGUGUAUCCAAAGGUAUUGGACAGCAUCAUUCCAGAAUGGCUGAAUCACACAAUGCACACCGUUAUCCUUCCUCUGGUGCUCAUUGAGGUAUUUGCCUAUUCUCACCAGUAUCCUGGCAGGAAAAGUGGACUUGGCUUGCUGGCUCUGUUUGCCUUGGCGUACUUAUCAUGGGUCCUAUGGGUGCAUCAUGCAGCUGAUAUCUGGGUGUAUCCCAUCCUUGCUAAGCUGGACCCUAUAGGAAUGACGGUGUUCUUUGUGUCAAGUUUUCUCGUCAUGGUUCCCUUCUACUAUAUAGGAGAGUUCUUGAAUCAAUGGCGUUGGGGAUCUCGUCGACCAUCUAAAAGGAGGAGGAAAAAGAACCACUAAAGGCACUACUAAUGAUUCAGGGCUUUUAUUGUUUAUAGUUUUUAUUUUUAUUUUUUUUAAUGAUCCAAUUAUGUUUCCUCUGUUGCUGGCAGGGAAAUACAACUACUUUAAUCUUUUUUUUUUUUGCUGAUUCGUACAGGCAAAUCAUUCUACAUUUCGACGAGCGACCUUACAUAUUACUACUGUAUUUUCAUGGGAUGCAGGCGAUAAGAUCAGUGAUGGAAAUUUUUUUUUUCCCAGGAGCACUUUUUUUUUCAGGACAGUUUAUUGUAUUUUUUUUUUUUUUUUUUUUUUUUUACCACUGCCUGCCAAGUGAGAUUUAAAGAGUUACUUGAUUAUAAGCUCUGUUUACAUGAUGGGGACCCAAAUAUUGAAGGAUGCACUGUCUAGCCAUAGUCUGUUCUGUGGCUGUGCUGUCUGAUGGAGGAGUAAUGUCGGGGGGUGGUGCAUCACUACAAGACUUGGAGAGGUUUUGGCGCUGUUUUCUGACAUGGACUGUUUAUAACAACUUUUAUGUGACAUCUUGUUGACUGUAGCAUAGAAAGAAGGAGGUUUUUUGUUUGUUUGUUUUUUUUAUUUUGCAUUCCCGUCCAUUAUUGUCUGAUAUGUGACACUUCUACUGUUUUAUGUGUUUUUUUGCUAUUGAGUUAAAUCUUUUAAGAUUUAGAUUUGUUCUGCCCUCUAGUGUCCAAUCACAGUGUAGCUUUGCUCAUAAAGUUUAAAGAUGUUUGGCAAGUAAAAAGUUCUAUAUAGACGCUUAUCACAGCAAAGGUGUGGUAUUCGGCACAAAUCGGUAUGUCUUUGUCAUAGGAAUUGCCUGGUGCAUGUUCCAAGAGAUGUUUGCUUUCCUCACUUAAAGAGUACCUGUCCCUUUAACAUAGUAACAUUUUCUAUCACCAUAUGCUUUACAAAAGAUAGGUUGGUAGUCAUGUAUUUUUGGAGCCCUGUAUUUACCAGCCUUACAGAACAGGUCCUCUUUAACAUCAACACAAAUAUAAUUGGAUACCUGUUCUCCAUGUUAUCCCGUACAUGUACUUCAGUGCACUGCAGGUUUAUUUUCAAAGAGCAUGCAAAAAACACCCUUGUUAACUGGUCAGAAGCAUUUCUUCUUUUUUUUUUCUUUAAAGCGGUAGUAAACUGCUGAGGGGGGAAAAAAAAAACGCAAAAAAAAUAAAAAAAGCUGCAAGACAAUGGCAUAAUGUGCUAGUAUGCAUCUCGUACAACUGCUUUAAUCUGCCUGCGGAGAGGUACUGCGGUUUUUAUUCUUUACACAGCUUUAGCAAACAUGCCAGAUGGAACAUUCCAAUUGGUUAACAAACAAGUAAUACAAAUUUCACACAAGAAAUUCAAUUGGGUUACAUCCCAUUUUCAGGGUCCUGGAUCAUACUUGAGCAGUUUUGGUUGUUGAAUGUAAUUGCCUGUUAGACUUGACGCCCCUUUGCAAAGGGCUUUGGCAUUGGCCAGGAUAAUAUUUAAUGAAGGAAAUGUUGAUUGUUUGUUGCAUCCAGCCUUUGGUAUGUACAUAAACUCUUAUAAAUAUC